AUGUUGGGCAUUAGGGUUCUACAAAAAAUCCUGAUUCUUCUACACGUUACUGCAUGCGUUGUUGUGGGCAAAACGCUGAUGAUCCUGUUCCCCAAUGCCAUGAAGAGAUACAUCCUAAAACAGGGUGAAAAGAGCAGAAUGAAUGAGAAUCCAAAGUUCAGCUAUGAAAACUGGGGUCCAACUUUUUUCAGCUUCAAGUAUUUGCUCUUUGUGCUGAAGGUGAAGUGGAAGAGGCUGGAGGAUGAAGCCUAUGAGGGACACCCUGCUCCCAACACACCGGUGGUGACUUUGAAUGGGGAAGUUCGUCACCUCUUUGAUUUCAUGCAAGGUAACCGACCUUUAAUCCUGAAUUUUGGAAGUUGCACCUGACCUUCUUUUAUGUUAAAAUUUGAUGAGUUCAACAAACUCAUCAAAGAUUUCAGCUCUAUAGCAGAUUUUCUUAUCAUCUACAUCGAAGAAGCUCAUGCAGUAGAUGGCUGGGCUUUUAAAAACAAUAUUGUUAUUAAAAAUCACAGAAGCCUUGAAGAUCGAAAAAUUGCAUCCCAAUUUCUUCAGAAAAAUAAUCCGUUAUGUCCAGUGGUUUUAGACACUAUGGAAAACCUGAGCAGCUCAAAAUACGCUGCAUUGCCAGAGCGACUGUAUCUAAUUCAAGGAGGGAAGGUCAUCUACAAGGGAGGAGUGGGGCCCUGGAAUUACCACCCCCAGGAAAUACGCGCCAUCCUGGAAAAACUGAAAUAG